AUGGCUGAAACGCUUAAACAUUUAUGUUCCUACAUUAUUCGAGAUGAUUUUGGUCCAGUAGUAGAGCAAGUUGCAAAAGCACUUUUAGAAAAAGGACGGCUAACUCUACAAUCAAUCUCCACUCACUCAAAGCUUACUAUCUCAAAAACACGCGAAUGUAUUUUUGUCUUGAUUCAACAUAAUUUAGUUUACUGGGCAGAGUCAAGAGAGGGUGAGAAAAUUUUUGUUUACUAUUCAAUUGAAAAAAAUGAAAUUAUAUCAAGAUUGAAUUUUGGAAUUUAUUUAAAGAAUGCUAAUGAAUGGAUUGGACAUCUUUGCUCACGUAAAAUUGUUGAACAAAUAUCGCUAAUGGGAAAAACAACAUUUUCAAGCUUUAUUGAGGAAUUGAAAUUAUCUAAAAGAACAAAUCAAUACAAAGAAUACAAAGCUUGUUUUAUUAAAAUGAUAGAAGAACGAUAUCUCUCGCCAGUACAAUUUACUGAUUCAAAAUCAGCCCAAGAUAAAGCUUCUGAAGCCGAAGAAAAAGAAUUGGCUAAAAUGACAAACUUCAUACCAACAAAAAAACAAAUGUCACAAGUUAAAGCAAAACUUGCGUUAAAAGAAACCGAAUUUGAUUCUCCUUCUUCUUCUUCGAUAACUGGAUCGAAAUCAAAAUUAAGAUAUGAAAAGGCUGUUAGGCCACAAAGGGAAAAUAAAAGUGCCGAUAACACAUUAGAUGAAAAUCAAUAUUAUCGUCUGAAUUAUGAAAAGCUCAAUGUCAAAUUAAGGAAUAUGCGAAUAGAAUUAUUUGUCAAAAUACGUGUUAAUUCUUUUGCAAGUCUAAUAACAAAAAUAUUACUCGAUAUAGCAAAUGAACAUAGACUAAACGAAGUUGAAUCACGUCCAAUCUCGCUACAAAGAAUCCACAAAUCUUUCCCAGUCGAAAAAUUAGAUUCGAUGUGUCAACAUAUGAAGAUUGAUAGACAGAAAUCAACGAAUCGUGAACUUGUUAUUAAGCAACAUCUUGAUUAUUUGGUUGAAAAUGAAAUUAAUUUAUUAAAAAGGAAAGGUGACGAUGACAGUGAUGAUGACAGUGGUAAUAGUACGGGUAUCGGUAUUAGUGGUGGAAUGUAUUACAUUCAAUAUCAAAAGGUCAUGGAAACUAUAAAACAAGAAUUAUUUGAAGAUAUUGUUUCGAAAAAAUAUGAUCAUACGGGAACUAGAAUUGUUAGACUUUUACAUAUGAAAGAUAAACUCGAAGAAAAAGCGAUUGCGACUUUUACAUUGAUGACUGCAUCAGAUGUACGUCGCAAAUUAACAGAUUUGUUAAAUGUCCCAAAAUCUGCAGAUCGAUCACCAUCACGUACAUUCUUUCUAUGGUAUGUUGAUUAUCAACACUGUUAUCGACAGAUAUUAGACAAUUAUUAUUGUACACUGGCAAAUAUUCAUCGAAUAAGAUUUGAUAAUGAGGAAUCGUCAGCUAGAUUGUUGGAAAAACAAGAGAAAGAAGAAACAUUGAAGCAAUUGAAUCCAAAUACACACCAUAUACAAUUAUUAAAUGAUUAUGAAAGAAAAGAACUGCAUGAUUUAGAAUUGGUGUUGACUCAAUUUGAUACUGCUCAAUUAAGAAUUGUUAAAGACAUUAUGCUAUUUAGAGAUUAUAAGUAA